AUGACUAACAAAUCAAUUAUGAUUCUGAACUUGGUGGUUCUUCACAGCAUGUUUAUAAAUGGAAAAACAACAUGUAAAUGGAAAUUGGUGGAAGAAUGGCAUACACAACCCGCAUCAUAUGUGGUGAAUUGGACAUUAACAGAAAACAUCUGCAUGGAUGUCUAUGGAAAUUGCUGGUUUGGGGAUGUAAAUAUUAAAAUGAGUUCUUCAAGCAAUCAAGCUGUUCCCCAGAUUUGCCCUUUGCAAAUUCAAUUAGGAGACAUCCUUAUAAUUUCUUCUGAACCAUCUCUUCAAUCUCCAGAAAUAAAUUUGAUGAAUGUUUCUGAAGCAUUAUUCCUUGACUGUCCGCAGAAUUUCACAACUGAAGAUCAGUUACUUUUUGGUUGCAAACUAAAAGGAAUGCACACUAUUAAUUCUCAGUGGUUGAGUGUUGGGACACAUUAUUUUAUCACAGUAAAGGCAAGUGGUCCAUCGCUCUGUCACCUGGGACUUCGACUAAAUGUGACAGUGAAAGAGCAGUUCUGCCAGGAAAAUCUGAGUUCCCAAUUUUGUUCUGGGCAUGGUAAAUGUCUUACUGAAGUUUGGAGCAAGACAUACAACUGCCACUGUGAGCCUCCAUUUUCUGGAAAAUACUGCCAGGAACUUGAUGUAUGUUCUUAUAAACCAUGUCAAAAUAACAGCAGUUGCAUUAAUAAAAGAGAAAUAUGGAAUAAGCAAGGAUAUGAAUGCAUCUGUCACCCACCAUUUACAGGCAUAAAUUGUUCAGAGAUAAUUGGCCAAUGUAAACCACGUAUCUGUUUCCAUGGGAAUUGCAGCAAUAUUACUGAAAAUAGUUUCAUUUGUGAAUGUGAUGAACCAUAUUCAGGUCCAUUCUGUGAAGAGUCAAUAGAACACUGUGUUUUUCCAUCUGGUUGGAAAAGGGGAAUUUGCCAAAAUAAAAAUUCUGCUUACAUCUGUGAGUGCCAAGAAGGAUUUCUUGAUCAAGGCUGUGAAAUUGAUGUCAAUAAGUGUUCAUCAAUACUGUGUCAGAAUGGUGCUGAAUGCAUUGAUAUUCCAAAUGGUACCUUAUGCAUCUGUUCACCAAUAUUUACAGGCAAACUUUCUAAGAGACUUCAAAUACCGCAUGAAUCAUUUUCUUGCAAGAAUAAUACCACGUAUGUGAAAUAUGAGCACAAUUAUCAUUGCAGUUGUAUGCCAAGAUUUACUGGAAAAAACAGUGAGAAAGUAAUUGACCACUGUAGACUGCUCAGCAUCAACUGUCUGAAUGAAGGAUGGCGUUUCAAUAUAAUUGGAAGAUUCAGAUAUAUAUGUACUCCAGGGUACACAAGAAAUUUAUGUUGGUUUCUAAGGAAUGAUUGCUUAAUUCUUCUGUACCCUUGCUACUGUGGAUCCAUCAGCCAUAAUAUUUGCCAAGCUGAACUUCCUCAUCCUUCCCAAUUUAAAUGUAUGUGGGAAUUGGAAUUUACAGAAUCUGGAGACGAAAAAUGUGAAGUGGCUAUUGAUGUUCACUUCUUUCUUGCUGCAAACUAUACUGAAGAUGCAGUCCAUGGGAACUGGUCUGAAGACCUUAGUUGUAUAUGUCCAUUCCAAUGUGAAGAAACAAUGGAGAUGUGUACAAAUGGAUUCAGUUGUUUGAUUGAGGAAGAUAAUAAAGAAUAUUUUUGUCUAAGUAUUCCCAGAAGGCCUGGAAAAAUGCAUCUGGAAAAUAAAACUGACUACCAAGGAAGUGGGUGUCAACAUGAAGCAAUUUAUGAAGAUGAAUUUAAUAUAUCCAGGUAUUUAUGCAUCCUUUGA